CUCGGUUCCAUUUUUAACCUCUCUGAUUCAGUUAUUCUCUCUGACCAAACGUUUCCAAAAUUUUCUCUCAUUUUCUCGGGAAAAUUACAACCAAUCCUAGAAAAUUUACACAGCUAUUUUUUAACUCAUCCAAUUCAUCCCCUCCUCCCCUAUUUCUACUUUACCAUCCACCAGUUCUUCUCAAUCUUUCUCUUCCUGGGAUCAUCAUCGUUAUGAUUUGAUUAGCAACAUAACCUAGAAUCAAAAUGAUGAAUGACCUUAUCAACAACGAUGGGUCAAUUUUCACUAGAUUCUAUUUCCUCGGAGAUAUCUGAGAGAAAAAGGUUAUUUCACUAAUCGUUAAUCCCAGAGGUGUUUUUUUUUUGCCAAGGUCACGUGAUAUUUUUUUUUAAUUUCAAUGACUCGUCACGUGAUUUUAAAAUCCCCGUUGUUAGUUUCAUCGGAAGAAUCAACGAUGAGAAACUCUCCUCCUUCGACGACGUCGUUAAGCAAAGAGAGACGAAAAGUUGGAGAGGUAGCGGGAGGAGCGGCGGCGGAGUGUGCGGCUGUGUGGUGUUGUUGUCCAUGCGCGGUGGUGAAUCUAAUGGUUUUAGCCGUGUAUAAAGUUCCGGCCGCGGUUUGUAAAAAAGCUUGGAGGCGAAGCAAACGACGACGUUUUACGAGGAAACGACAUGGUUUGCUUGCGUCAGCGACGGCGGAAGGAAGCGAAAGUACCGUACACGCUAGAUUGAAUGAAGAAGAUCUAACGGCUGAGAUUGUUUUUGAGGAAUGUCAUGUGAGUGGUGGUGAGUUAAACGACGUCGUCAGGCUUGAAAAUGAAAUGUUGGAUCGUUUCUAUGGGGCUGGCUUUUGGAGAAGCCCUUCACAGAAGGACACGUCAUCAGGAAGCCUAUGAAUUCUUCUUCUUAUGAGUAUUUUGGGUUUUUUGAAAGAAUUAAUAGUAAUUUAUUUGUUUUUUAUUUUAUUUUUUUGUAUGUAAGUUCAAUUGUUUUAUGUGGGGUAUGUGAAUAGAAGAACAUUGUAGUAUACUUUAUACAUUUUUAUUUGUUUUCUGUUCGUUUAAAAUGUAACUAUGUCUCUUUGUGUCAGAAUUUGAACC